CGGUCGUGCUGGAGUUAAGGCGUAGCGUCCGCUCCGGGCGCCUGAAGGAGACUUGGGAGAUUUCGGGGCCGCGCCGCCUGUGUACUUGGGAGUCGCCUACGCCGCCGCCGCUGCCGGCAAUCCAUGAGGAAGAUGCUCGCCGCUGUCUCCCGCGUGUUGUCGGGCGUCUCCCAGAAGCCGGCAAGCAGAGUGUUGGUGGCCUCCCGUAAUUUUGCAAAUGAUGCUACAUUUGAAAUUAAGAAAUGCGAUCUUCACCGGCUAGAAGAGGGCCCUCCUAUCACCACAGUGCUCACCAGGGAGGAUGGGCUCAGGUACUAUAGGAUGAUGCAGACUGUUCGCCGAAUGGAGUUAAAGGCAGAUCAGCUGUAUAAACAGAAAAUUAUUCGUGGUUUCUGUCACUUGUGUGAUGGUCAGGAAGCUUGUUGUGUGGGCCUGGAGGCUGGCAUAAAUCCCACAGACCAUCUUAUCACAGCCUAUCGGGCUCAUGGCUUUACCUUUACUCGUGGCCUUUCUGUCAGAGAAAUUCUCGCAGAGCUUACAGGACGAAGAGGAGGUUGUGCUAAAGGAAAAGGUGGAUCGAUGCAUAUGUAUGCCAAGAACUUCUAUGGGGGUAAUGGCAUUGUUGGAGCUCAGGUGCCCUUGGGAGCAGGAAUUGCUUUGGCCUGUAAGUAUAAUGGAAAGGAUGAGGUCUGUUUGACUUUAUAUGGCGAUGGUGCUGCUAAUCAGGGUCAGAUAUUUGAAGCUUACAACAUGGCAGCUUUGUGGAAAUUGCCGUGUAUCUUCAUCUGUGAGAAUAACCGCUACGGAAUGGGAACGUCUGUUGAGAGAGCAGCAGCCAGCACUGAUUACUACAAGAGAGGCGACUUCAUUCCUGGGCUGCGGGUAGAUGGAAUGGAUGUCUUGUGUGUCCGGGAGGCAACAAGGUUUGCAGCCGCCUACUGUAGAUCUGGAAAGGGGCCCAUAUUGAUGGAGCUACAGACUUACCGUUACCAUGGACACAGCAUGAGCGACCCUGGUGUCAGUUACCGUACACGAGAGGAGAUUCAGGAAGUAAGAAGUAAGAGCGACCCUAUCAUGCUUCUCAAGGAUAGAAUGGUGAACAGCAACCUGGCCAGUGUCGAGGAACUAAAGGAAAUUGAUGUUGAAGUGAGGAAGGAAAUUGAGGAUGCUGCCCAGUUUGCCACUGCUGAUCCAGAACCGCCUUUGGAAGAACUAGGCUAUCACAUUUACAGCAGCGAUCCGCCUUUUGAAGUUCGGGGUGCAAAUCAGUGGAUCAAGUUUAAGUCCAUCAGUUAAUAAUCAGUUAAUAAUAGGUAGUUACACCUCUAAGGGCCUCUGUGUUCUCAAAUUUGUUAAGGAAGAAAAACCCGUAAAAAGAAUAUAGGCUAAGGUAGUAAUUGCAUGUGUUUUGUACAACUGUACAACAGUGUUGCAUUAAAAGAUGUUACUGCA